AUGUAUACCAACGCCAUCACCGCCUUUGCGCUCUUGUCCAGCCUCACCAGUGCCAUGCCCACCGCCAACAACAACACUCCCCGUCAAGCCAAAGCCUGCUUCGUCAUUGGCAACACGGCGCUCCCCGCCGAAGUCACCACGGCCGUCGCCGCAAUCCAAGACAAAGUAACGUGCUCGACGACGGCCAAAACAAUCGACAACGUACCAGACGUAACCUCGGGCACCCAAACCUUUUCCAAAAUCGACUUCAGCAAGUCCAAGCAGCAACCGCUAGAAUUCGCACUCGCGCAAUUCAAAACCGCAACGCCCCUCGCCAAAACCGAUCUCGCAACCUUCCAGGACGCGCUGAACGUGUACACUGCGACCGAGGCUGGGCUGCGCAGCGUCGCGGGCCCGAUUCAGGGCGUCAAAGUACCCAAGUUCUUUCUCGCGAUGCAGAUAUCCAGGAUCCAGACUGCGCAGGGGAAUCCGCCCAAGGCUGCGGGCCAGCAGGUGGAUCAUCUGAGGGAUAAGGUGCUGAAGAAUGCGGCUGGGGAGAGUAAGGCGUUUUUGGACCAGGUGACCAAGUUGGCGACGGAGACGACGUAG